CGUUGGGGCAAUGGUAAAACUUUUGUAAUGAGAAAAGUUAGAAAAGAAAGAAACCGUCGACAGAUUUGAGUUCCAUCAUAAAGGGCGGGGCAUGUUAAUUCCGACUAAGAAAUUCAGAGCAGGCAUUGCUUUGUAGCACAUACAACAAGUUCAACAGAAAAGUAACGACAGAAGUUUAAAUGGAUCAGCGUUUACAGCGUCGUCGCCGGGCACCAAGAAAGAAACACAAAACCGGAUUAGCCAAGCUGCUGCCAGAUCUGUCGCCCAAUUUGCGCAGCACCGCCAAGUACACGCACCUGCUCUGGAAUCAGCUGAUGAGCCUGCUGCUGCCGCUGGUGCGCUUCGUCAAGGAGACGUUGCGUGUGAUCAAGCGCUACAAGAAACCGGAUCUCCAGGAGUUCCAGCGCUCCGUGCUGGCCAUCACAAUCGGCUUCCUCAUAAUGGGCUUCCUCGGCUUCAUUAUCAAGCUGCUGUACAUACCAAUCACUAAUAUUAUUAUGGGCUAACCUGGGGGUCGGCAGCCGUUGUUGUUGUUGUUGCUGCUGUAGAUAUAAAAAUAAAGUUUCAA